UUUUCCGGGUCUUCAUGAAGUCUGCGCGCGCAUGUGCACCCUCCCGCCCCUUCUCAAUAGCACUCUCACGUUGACUGCUGGUGUAGUUUGAUGGCAGGAGGCGCAACCACACAUUUAUGGAGUUAAAAGCAAAACAAUGACGCGGAGACUCUUGCAAAAAUGCUGACGGCACAGCGGUGUUGCAACUGCUGACAGGUGGCUGAUAAACCAUGGAAAGAGAAGGCUCCUUAAGGAGGAUUUCGAGGAGUCUCCACAGCAGGUUGAGGCUGGCCGGUGGCUCGUCUUCCAGUUUGACUGACCUCUCAAAGACACCUGGGGGAGGAGGUUCAGUGGAGAAAGUGGUGGCAGAGGAGAGCAGCAAAGGAACCCAGCAGAGAAGAGCUGGGGCCAAUGCCACAUGGAACAGCAUCCACAAUGCAGUCAUCUCUGUGUUCCAGAAGAAGGACCUGGGAGAGAAUGAGCUCUUCAUUUUGAAUGAAGGUGUCAGGCAGCUGCUGAAGACAGAGCUGGGCUCCUUCUUCACUGAGUACCUUCAGAAUCAGCUGCUGACCAAAGGCAUGGUCAUACUGAGAGACAAAAUACGCUUUUAUGAAGGUCAGAAGUUGUUGGACUCUCUGGCCGACACUUGGGACUUCUUCUUCUGUGAUGUUUUGUCCAUGCUGCAGGCCAUCUUCUAUCCUGUGCAGGGGAAAGAGCCAUCGGUGCGUCAGCUGGCACUGCUCCACUUUAGGAACACCAUUACCCUUAACCUGAAGCUGGACGAGGCUUUGGCGAGACCUCGAGCACGAGUGCCCCCCUCCAUCAUACAGAUGCUCCUCAUACUUCAGGGCGUGCACCAGUCCAAAGGCGUCACAGAUGACUACCUGCGCCUGGAGUCUCUCAUUCAACAAGUAGUCUCGCCAUACCUUGGGACCCAUGGAUUAUAUUCCAAAGAUGGUUCGUCCAAUCAGCACUGUUCUUCAUGUCUGUUAGAGAGGCGUCUUCAGCGUUCUGGACUGUCCAAGUCUGGCAACCCCCCCACAGCAAAGAACCCAGUAGUGCGCUCCAAAAGCUACAAUGUUCCCAUGCUGACCCCUGUCGUGGAGCACGACGUGGACUUGUCGGCAGGCGGGGGCGCUUCUAUCAGACGCCACUCUGUGUCGGAGAUGACUUCCUGCGUGGGGCAAAGCGCCUCUGUGGGUAAUUCUGGCAUUGACCACUCAGGUACCUCUAGUCAGAACACCCUGGUCCAGCAUCUUUCCCACUCCAUUCUUCCAGAGUCCUCGCCUCCAGAAGAUUGCAAGCACUGCAAGGGCUCUCUGGUGUCAGACUCCCCCGUGUCCUCCUUUGUUCUGGCUCAGGACACAAGCUCAGGCCUCAGUCCAACAUCCAGUCCAGAGAUUACAGCAGAUCACCACAUCCCUGAAUCUUUGGACUCAGAACCUGAGCAUGAUGGCAUCUUUCUGAACUUCUCCAAAGCCUGCGAUGGAGGUGCAACACACAGCAGUGUAGCCUGACAGGUGACAAGCCAGUACCCUUUUAGCGUAUUUAGUUAAUCAAGGGAAUCAGCAAAUAAUCCUACAGGCAUUAGGAUAACAUAUUAUUAACAGUAUUUAUUAAACUGAACAGCUAAAAAGUAUUGCACAGUGCCACCUAGUGUUCACUCCUAUACCUGUAUAUUGUAUUACUGCGCCUUCAAACAUGCUGACUGAUUAGAAUGAUGACAGAGAGAAAAUUAAAGCUGUUUAUUCUA